CUUCCUGUUUGUCAAACCUUUCUCUAAAGAACUGACAGCCCCGACUUACCCGUACACAAAAAGACAACAGUUGUUUUCUCACAGUGUUUGAGUCAGAGUCAGGACAUCUAUGGUGGAGACAUCUACAUCUCCAGCAGACGGACCCAGAAGGGACAACUGGACAACCUGCCAUGCUUCUUCUUUAGGUUUUAUUUCUAAUGCGUAGCUGUAAUUUAUCCCACAUUAGUUCUUCAUUCAUCCGACCUGCGCUCCGGACAUGGCCUUGAUGUGGGCUGCUUCUCUGAUUUUUGUCCUCGUCUUCACUGGACUGGGUCAAAGUGAGACGAUAGACCAGCCAUGUACCAAAAUUUGCCCAGCCGGAUAUUAUAAAGUUGGUGUAUGUGGCGAUGCACAGUACCGAUGUGAAAAAUGUAAGCCUGGCACGUACACAGCAAUAAAUAACACUGCGAGCAAAUGUCAGCUGUGCAAACGUAACGUCGGAAACGAGGUGGUAGUAAAGGAGUGCUCACCUGACAGUAACAGAGAAUUUAAAUGUAGAGAUGGUUAUUACUACAGCGACUCUGAUCAAACUUCUGUACACAGGAGUUGUGUCCCGUGCUACAGUACUAGUCUUAAGAGAUGCCUGGACUGCCAAAGACAGGAGUGUGUGAACAGCUCACAAUGCAAGAAGGACUGCGGAAGAGUCCCAACUCCACUAAAAAAGAAUACAACUAAAACCCCAACUUCAACUACAAAUACACCUUCAGUGACUUCAGAAAAGCCAAGACCCAAGUCUACAGUCUUCUCAGCAAACCCUGCAGUAGAUCCAGCCCCAAAAACACCAUACAACCCAGAGACCUGGCUCUUCUUUGUUGUGGCCCUUGUAAUAUUUCUGGUGCUCUCUUGGUUCCUGCUGCUCUUCUGCAGAACCCUUAACAGAAACCAGAACAGCUUUCUCUGCUGCAGCCCAAACAAAGUUGUGGAAACACCAGCUCAGGCGGCGAUGUUAAACGGGCAGCACAGUCAUCACGGCAGCAGCCCGGCCACACUGGUUCCUAUGAUUUCUGAGGAAACUCCGAUGAUCAUUCAGCAGCCACCCGCUCACAUCUGUGGGCAGGUGCCAGACGGAGCUCGUAUGGCUGUCUGGCAGAAAGAGCAGUCAGAACGCUGGCCCGCCGUCGUGCUCUACGCCAUCAUCAAGGAGGUUCCCCUGCGUCGAUGGAAGGAGUUCCUGCGCCUACUUUCGGUGCCGGAUCAGCAGAUGGAGCGAGUGGAGCUGGAUGCCAGUCUGGGUUCAAUAGAGAAGCAAUACCAGAUGCUGAGGCUGUGGAGCCAGCGCUCUUCUGCGAGUCUGAAUGAGGUCUUCUCAUCUUUACACAGCAUGGAUUUAUUGGGAUGUGCUCAGCUGCUGCAGGAAAGCCUGGAGAAGCUGCCCUGGAGGCCCGAGGCAUUGCAGGGACCCACAAGAUGAGGAGGGCACGCAGGAUGGAGCAUCACAGAACUUUAUUUAUUUAUAAUCCAGCAGGAAACAUCACUGUUUUGUAUUUGGGUGUAUGCUCCUAUAAGAUGUUACUAAUAGUUUCUACACCCACAGGCAUGAUGUCAUAGAUGACACCUACUUGAGUUGUGCAACUGAAUGACUCAGGGGCACAGAGUUGGUUUUCUAAAUGCUCUAUAAAAUAUUUAUGGAACCUUAAAAUGAAGCUCAGCUCACUGAAGAGUUGAACUUUGUUCAUGUUUACAUUUAAAAUCCGGGAGAGUCCCCGUCGUCUACUGUAACCUUCAGGAAAGGAAUCUCACAAACACCGCUCUACCUCCCACCCUCAUGUAGCAUCUGUUUGGGUUUCGCUUGAGAACUUGUGGUUUUGCCUCCCACUGCUGUCACGUAAAUAAGAGUUUAACCACCGUUUACGUUUGUAGGAAUCGCCGUUCCUGUGUUUAAUUGCAGCUCCUUGUUUUGUUUCUUAGGAGACUUUAUCAGUCUUUAUCAGCAACAGCUCAGCCGCUGCUUCUUCUUGCUCAUCUUUGCAAACUGAAAUCCCCGAGGGAUGUCAGAGUUUCAGUUUCCUGCAGCUAAACAAAGUCGAGGGUGCAGCAGGCUGGGUUUUUCCUCACCACGUGUUUCGUUGGAACGGACGGGUUUCACUUGUGGUCUCCAGGUAUCUCACUUUGACAGUGUUUCUUGUAUCACUUCACUUCAAGGAAAAGGACAUUCCAGUUUGUGGAAUUUAUUUAUAAAUGUUUGAUUCCAUGUUUGAUCAGGAAGUCUUUGUAUUUAUAUUUAGAGUUGUGGUAUUUUUUUGUAAUUUGUGGAUUUUUUUUACUUUGUUGAUGACUUUAGAAUUUUUACUCCUGUUGCACGCAAGUAUGAUUCAGUGGUAUUGUAAUAACCACAUUAAAGUGUCAUGGUGCAAAUAAGCAGAAAAAUAAAGCUUUUUUUCUUUUUAGAAAGAAUGGUUGAUUAUUUGUUCAGCAGAAUUUGUUGUGCAGGUGUCUAGUUGAAAGGGAGUCUGUUCAAAGAAUUUCAACAGGCUUCAGAGAGAACUUUUAUUCUUGAGGCAAUGGAACUCGGUCUCAUGAAUUGCAAAUUUGGGCGCAGUACAAAAAGACAGCUGCCCUACACUUUUUGUACUAAGAGCAUGAAAACAAAUAAUAGAUGACAUUCUGGAGGGAAAUUAUCACACGUGCAAAAACUGUGAUUUUUUGUUAUUACAAAUGGAAAUGUGAAUGAAUUAAUUAUGUUUUGAUAAGCACCUAAGAAAGAGGCACCUCAGGGAAUCAAAACACCAGAUUUCUAAGUUAGUCGUUUAAGAUCUUUAUGUGAGAUUUUCUGUAAAACUAUGAAGGAAAUUAUGUUUCAAAAAUGUAUAAUAAUGAUAAAGUCCAAGUUACAGUACAUGCUGACCUACUAAAAAUAGAAGAAGAAAAAGUGGUAAAAGAAAAAGAAGAAGGAAAGAUAUAGAAGAAGAAAAAGAAGAAAAAGCACAUGUUUAAAUAUAAAUCCAAAAACUAAAUUUAAGAGGAGCGGUUGAAGAGCAAGUGACCCCCUACCAGAGCCUUCCACUCCCACUUCCUGUUUAUAAAAUGCAACAAAUGCUGUUGACUGAAAGAGCAGAGCCACUAGCAAAUACACACACAGGAUCACAACAACAUUGUGA